AGACGGAUGCCUCCAAGCCUUACGCUUUAGUUCCCCCGCCUCGAUCCCUUCCAUUUCUUCUCUCCCCCUUCCCUUCCUGGCGGAGACAUAGGAAGAAGAAGAGGGAGAAGAAGGAGAAGAGGGCUGCCUGCUUCACCCUGACACUAUUCCAGUCCAAGGUUUGAUAUAGGAAAAUGGCCGACACUGAAGAUAUUCAGCCCCUCGUUUGUGAUAAUGGAACUGGAAUGGUCAAGGCUGGGUUUGCUGGUGAUGAUGCUCCAAGGGCAGUAUUCCCAAGUAUUGUUGGCCGUCCUCGGCAUACUGGUGUUAUGGUUGGGAUGGGGCAGAAAGAUGCAUAUGUUGGUGAUGAAGCCCAGUCUAAAAGAGGUAUCCUCACGUUAAAGUACCCAAUUGAGCAUGGGAUCGUUAGCAACUGGGAUGACAUGGAGAAGAUCUGGCAUCAUACCUUCUACAAUGAGCUCCGUGUUGCCCCAGAGGAGCAUCCUGUUCUUCUAACUGAGGCCCCACUUAACCCAAAAGCCAAUAGGGAGAAGAUGACCCAGAUCAUGUUUGAAACUUUUAAUGUUCCUGCCAUGUAUGUGGCCAUUCAAGCUGUUCUCUCACUUUAUGCCAGUGGACGUACCACAGGUAUUGUGUUGGAUUCCGGCGACGGAGUCAGCCACACUGUGCCCAUCUAUGAAGGUUAUGCUCUCCCUCAUGCCAUCCUCCGGCUUGACCUUGCUGGUAGGGAUCUGACUGACGCGCUCAUGAAGAUCCUCACUGAAAGAGGGUACUCAUUCACAACAACUGCUGAACGGGAAAUUGUCCGUGACAUGAAGGAAAAACUUGCAUAUGUUGCCCUUGACUAUGAGCAAGAGCUUGAGACUGCUAAGACCAGUUCUGCCAUUGAGAAGAGCUAUGAGCUGCCUGACGGACAGGUCAUUACAAUUGGAGCUGAGCGUUUCCGAUGCCCAGAAGUGCUGUUCCAGCCAUCUCUCAUUGGCAUGGAAGCUGCUGGUAUCCAUGAGACCACGUACAACUCCAUAAUGAAGUGUGAUGUUGAUAUCAGAAAGGACCUGUAUGGAAACAUUGUGCUCAGUGGUGGAUCAACCAUGUUCCCUGGCAUUGCUGACCGCAUGAGCAAGGAGAUCACUGCCUUGGCUCCAAGCAGCAUGAAGAUCAAGGUGGUGGCACCACCUGAGAGGAAAUAUAGUGUCUGGAUUGGAGGUUCAAUCUUGGCAUCGUUGAGCACAUUCCAGCAGAUGUGGAUAGCGAAGGCAGAGUACGAUGAGUCCGGCCCAUCUAUUGUCCACCGGAAAUGCUUCUAGAUCUGGUUCUUCUAUUUCCAGUAACAUUUUUCUUUCGCUUGUGGAGUCAGUGUUUGGCUGUGAAAUUGUUUUCAAUUGUUAUAUCCCUUGUUUAAAUUUCUUUUUGCCCUUUCAUAUAUUAUGUAAUGGCAGGAACCUCGUUUAGGUGGGAUCGAUAUUUGUAGCACAAUUUUAUUAAGUUUGGGAGUGGCAGGGACUUUCUUUCGUAGUUUUC